CUUCAGUAUAAAUAGACCAGAGAAACCAGAAUCAAUCAAGUUUUCUCUGCAAACAAACACCUACACCGUCCCUCACUGAUUUUCAUGGCCGAUUCGGAUAUCUCCAGAAUCCUCCCUCGUGUUCUCAUUGUCUCCAGACGCAGCGUUCGCAAGAACAAGUUCGUUGAUUUUGUGGGGGAAUAUCAUCUUGAUCUAAUAGUGAGCUAUGGAGCUGUACCAGUAAUUGUACCUCGUGUAAAUGGAGUCCAUAUGUUGUUAGAGAGCUUUGAGCCAAUCCAUGGAGUUCUUCUCUGCGAAGGAGAAGACAUUGAUCCAUCAUUAUACGAAGCUGAAACCUCCAGUCUUUCACCAGACGAAUUGGAGGAAAUUAGGAGAUUACAUGCCAGUGACACUGCAAUUGACAAAGAAAAAGACUCAAUCGAAUUGGGAUUGGCAAAACUUUGCCUUGAAAGAAACAUACCCUAUUUGGGAAUCUGUAGAGGAUCACAAGUCCUAAAUGUAGCUUGUGGGGGAUCACUUUACAUGGACAUAGAGAAAGAGGUCUCAAAGAAGUGCCCUGAAGAACAUAGAGUGAGGCACAUUGAUUAUGAUGACUAUGAUGGGCAUAGACAUCUGGUUAAUGUUUUGGAGAACACUCCAUUGCAUGAUUGGUUUAAGGAUUCUUUGGAGGAAGAUAAAAUGGAGAUUUGGGUUAAUAGUUAUCACCACCAAGGAGUGAAAAGAUUGGCUCAAAGAUUUGUGCCCAUGGCCUAUUCGCCAGAUGGUCUCACUGAAGGUUUUUAUGAUCCUGAUGCAUAUAAUCCUGAAGAGGGAAAGUUCAUAAUGGGACUCCAAUUUCAUCCUGAGAGAAUGAGGAGGCCUGAUUCGGAUGAAUUCGAUUAUCCCGGAUGCCCGAAAGCCUAUCAGGAAUUUGUGAAGGCAGUAAUUUUUUAUCAGAAGAAGCUGAACAGCUCAACAUCAGUACCAAAACCUAUUGUGCUCAAUCAAGAAAUGGAGAAGCAAAGAAAAGUAAUAUUGAGAAGUUUCUCCCUUGCAAAAAAUAUAUACAGCACCCGCCGCGAGCUGCAUCCAUCAAAAGAAUCAGAACUUGAAGCUGGAGCUGAAUUUCUUGAGUCCAAUACAGCACUAAGUUUGCAGCAAGAGAACAGGUUGAAGCAAAUGGGUGCAACAGUGAGGAACUCAAAUGCAUACAUAGAAAGACUGAAAUUGAAUGAAGAGAGGGAAAAACUAGCAAGGAGUGUGAUGGGUAAAAUGUCAGUGGAACAGUUAUCUGAUCUUAUGUCUUUCUACCACAUGAUGGGCCAAAUAUGUUCAGAAGUGGUUGGGAAGAAGCUUCAGGGCAUUGUCAAUGACACCGCUGGUGCCUAAAACUGGUUUAUGUAACUAGAAAAUGAGCCGGAUUGUAUUCAAAUAGAAAACUUGAUGGGCCCUGCCUAUCUUUUAUAUGUACUUUCAUCUUGUUUGUUCCCUUGUGUUAAAUAAUUCAUUUCUAUUUGUCUCCU